UGCCAAACAGGAAGCCGGGAAAUAACCUUGGAAGAACAGCGGUGUACUGAUUGUGUCUGGGAACAGAUCACAGCAUUUGUCAGACAGAUUAUGAUUAAGCAGUAGCGUUAGAACCAAUGAUUAAAGUAGCUUUCUUUGGCUGUUAAGCGUCUUGUUUCAUGCGCUUGUCUUUGCGCGUUUUAGUGCCAUGAAUUAGGAUACACUGGCUCAGGUGUAUUGGUGGUACAAUUGAGAUCCCAGUGUUUGGAGUUAAAGUCAUUGAUUAAUCUGAUUUAUUGUGUCAGAGCACAAAGCCUUGUCUGCUUCAUCUAGAGCGCCCGCCCAUUGGGCUUUCUGCGGAGCGAUAGUGGGAGAUUGAUUAUAGUCUCCGGGAUUUGCUGUGGAGCCAGAGCCUGCUUGGACUGCGAUUUGCUCUCCCAUCAGUGAAAGAGAGGAAAAUCCUAGCAAGGACCUAUUUCACAUCGACAAGACUCUCAGAUCCCCUUGUACACAUUUAGCCUGCUGCCUGUGAUCAGGUUUUUGUAAUACGCGCAAGUCACGCCGGCACUUUCGUCUUUUACAGAGGAGGCUGCGAGUGUGAAUCGCCUCCGCAGUCUCGGAUGCGUAGUAAAGGGGGAGUGGGUUGGGUCGCCUAGGCGCCUGGCAUACUCACACGACGUCAGCGAUAAAAAGCAAGAUAGGUGUAGUAGAUAUAGGUGAGGGUGAAAGCGGGGGGAAGCAGCACCUGAGGCUUUUUUUAAUCAGGAGGACACCGAAGAGGUGAGCCGGACACUGACAAACCGCCGGACUCACGGCUGACUCACGGGAUUGGACUCUCAAGACAGGCACCGACCGCUUUUGUCGCCCGGGAUUCGUACUUGUUUCUCCUUCAUGACCAGCACUUAAGCACACUGUCGAGCCCAACCAGACACCACCCCCUCCUCCUCUGAAGGGAAUAUUACAAGUGAAUCUGCGGGGCAACACACAAUGGCAACCGAUGCGCUCCUUCUUGUCUGUGCGCUGCUUGCCGGUGUUGCCGUUGCUCAGAGAGUGGUAACUCUGCAAAGUGGACCACUGGUACGGACUGAGGGCUCUCACGUAACCAUCUUGUGCAACGUGACAGGCUACAAAGAGGGGGUGGAGCAGGACUUUGAGUGGUCCAUGUACCUGCCAUCAGCACCGGACAGGGAGAUUCGCAUCGUGAGCACGGCUCAGUCAAACUAUGCCUACGCCGUGUACGCCCAGAGGGUCAAUAGUAAAGAGAUCUAUGUGGAGAGGAUGAGCGGUGACUCAGCUGUGCUUCACAUCACCAAAGUGCAGGCCAAGGACCAGGGUCUGUUUGAGUGUUCACCUAAUACAGACGGGCGGUACCUGGGAUCCUACAGCGCACGCACCAACCUCACUGUCAUCGCUGAUUCGUUGACGGUAGCAGCUCCCGCCCAGACUCUGUCCAAGGUUGAAGGCGACACACUACAGCUUACCUGCGAGGUGUCUCGGACCACUCUGCAGCACACUCACUUAUCAGUGGGUUGGUACCUGCGGUCCCCAGAGGACGCGGCGGCACCCCCUCAGGAACUGGUCACCUUGUCAAGGGACUUUGUUCUCCGCUCAGGGGGACCGUACCGGCAAAGGAUGGCGGCAGGGGACCUCAGGCUGGAUAAAACCAGCGCUACGUCCUACAGGCUGACCAUUCACAAGCUGCAGCCGGUGGACCAGGGCCUGCUUUACUGCCAGGCUGCUGAGUGGAUUCAAGACACGGACGAAAGCUGGUUUGCCAUGACCCGCAAGCAGAGCGACAAGACUCAGCUCCGCAUUCAGCCCACUGAUCGUGACUUCAGCAUCCAGGUGAGCACGGAGCGACGGUCCUUCACGGCCGGUGAGCCGCUGGAGCUUCGCUGCACCAUUGAGGCCCAGAAUGUCCCAGAGCGCUUUUUCUCGGUGUCGUGGGUCUUCAGCAGCUCACCGGUGGCCGUGGUGGGCCCCAGUGCCGUGCCUGUCCUGGGCCCCGAUUAUGUUGACCGGGAAGCGGCUGGCCACAUGACAGUGCGUAAAGAGAGCGCCAACGUGCACCUCCUCAAGUUGCAGCACCUACACCCCGAAGAUGCUGGGAAAUACAUCUGUCGUGUGACAGAGCGGGAGAAGACGCCCACGGGAGACUUCAUCGACCGCAGCAAGAGGUCCCGCAAUGUCCAGAUCACAGUCCAGCCGCUCAAGAGCAACAUCACAGUGUUAUUGUUUAGCAACUCGUCGGAGGUCCUAGAGGGCAAUGUGAUCCAGUUGAUUUGCUCUAUCCAUUCUACUACUGGCCCUCUGUCUGUUGUCUGGCAGUGGACGGACAAGCAGGUGACUGGACCAGCCCUGGAGGUGGCCUCCAUCGAUCGGGAUGGCACUGUAUGGCACAGCCCCUCUUACAGAGAGCGCUCCAGCUACGGGGAGAUACGCGUGGAGAAAGUGCGAGCUGAUACAUUCUCUUUGUCCGUGUAUAAUGCCUUACCAGGGGAUGAGGGCCAAUACCGCUGCACAGCCACUGAGUGGCUUCAAACCGGCACUGAACCAGAGGUAAACUGGGAGAAGAUAGGAGAGAAGUCAACCAGCAAGACAGUCACCGUCAAGACUGUUGAGUCCUCCUUCAUGGUGUCGGCCUCAUCACGGACGCCGUCUGUUACCUUUGGCGACUCCUUUGACCUCUUGUGCCUGGUGAAGCCUCGUCACAACCCUCGUGUCCCAACCUCCGUGACUUGGCGCUUCAUGCCGGCCGGCCCAGAAGCUGGCGACGAGGAUCAGGGAGAGUUCAAAGACCUGGUGACCUUCACCCGCGAGGGCACGCUGCAGUGGGGGGAGCAGCUGCUGGGGCUGGGUACCCGCACCACAGUGGACCGCUCACACUCCAACACCAACUUCCGGUUGUCGGUGACCAGGGCUGGACGUCGCGAAGCGGGCAAGUACCAGUGCACAGCCAUCCUGUGGAGGAGGAACUACGACAACAGCUGGAGCAGAGUUGCCAACCGCACUUCCAACCUGCUUGGCAUCAGUGUCCUACAGCCAGAGAGCAAGCUGCGAGUGCAAAAGGCCAACCAGUCUCAGGUGUACCUUGAGGACAGUCGCGUCAGGAUCAAUUGUUCCAUCAGCUCCCAGACCAGCCAGGACUCCCAGCACGCUGUGUUGUGGUACGUGAGGCGUGCGACUGGGUCCGAAGCCGAUGAGCUCCUUCUGAGAAUUGAACGCUCGGGGGCCUUUGAGUACGGCGCAUACGCAGACGAAGAGAGACUGCGACGCCGAGUGCAGGCUGAAAGGCUGUCCCCCCGUCUCUAUGUGCUGACACUGAACAGGGCAGAGAACAGCGAUUCUGGGACAUACUACUGCCUGGUGGAAGAGUGGCUGAGUGACCCAGAUGGAGCCUGGUAUCGUCUCUCCAGGGAGACCUCAGGGUUCACACAGGUUCUGGUCAGACAGCCAGAGAUUCGACUGCAGGUGGAAGAAUUGGAGUCAAACGUGACAGUGGAAGAGUCUGCCUCUAUCCGACUGGGCUGUAGCAUUCCCUCCCAGUCGUCCCGAGACUCCCGCUUCUCUGUGUCCUGGUAUGUGGACCGCUCUGAAGACGAGAGCGAUGAGCCAGGUGAGGAAGAGAGAGAGUGUGUGUUCUCCAUCGGCCAUGACGCCGUUUUCGGAAAUGGAAACUGCAGCCCCAAAGAGGAGCCGGGGCCAAAUUCCCGACUGCAGUUUGAGAGGAUGACCUCUGACCAGUACAGCCUGACCAUUCAAGAAGCACGACCGACAGACGCAGGCCGAUAUUACUGCCAUGUAGAGGAGUGGCUGCUAAACCCUCGCAAUGUGUGGUAUCGCCUGGCCACCAACAACUCUGGCUUCACUAUUGUCAAUGUAAUGCAACAAGUGUCCACCCUCCAGUCAGUGGUGUGCUCCAAUGAGUCCCUUUUCUACUUCGUCUUCUUUUACCCCUUCCCCAUCUUCGGCAUCCUCCUCAUCGCCGUGCUGCUAGUGCGUUACAAGAGCCGCAACAACAGCAAGAGUCAAGAAGGCAAGAAUGGCGCUCCACUCCUGUGGAUUAAAGAACCUCACCUCAGUUACUCUCCCACCUGUCUGGACCCACCUGCGCUCAGCCUGCACCCUGGCUCUGUCGACUAAGCAAGGGUCCUUCCCUCUGCCCCCGCGCACAUCGCGGAUCCAGCCAACAAAAUGCCGAGGAGCAGAUCUGGAGUCCACCUUCAGACCUUACUGUUGUUCACUGCUGUGUUGAAUUAGUCUAUCAGUUGAUCAGUUUAAAAACUUCCCUGGUGGCUGCCUGAUAUACGUGGGUGUUGUGUGUGUGUGUGUGUGUGUGUGUGGUGUGUGUGUGUGGUGUGUGUGUGUGUGUGUGUGUGUGUGUGUGUGUGUGUGUGUGUGGUGUGUGUUGUGUUGUGUGUGCGGCUCGCGCGCGGGCGUGCUAGUAUGGGUGUACCAUGUUAGCACGAUUAAUUGGUGCGAAUUGAAGGAUGAGAGCAUCAUGAGCCUCUCUCAUUUUAUUUUCUGUGAAACUCAUAGCUGCAUUUUGUUUUGUUUUACUCUGAAUAGUUGUCUAUUUUUUAAAAGAGAAAAUAAACUGCACACAUGAGAUCAUUGGCCAAUCCUGGAAUAACAUUUAAGAGAAGGAACUCUACAUUCAAUUCCAGCACUGAGUGGAUGCCAAAACAGUCUCCGCACUGAUCCAAGAGCAGCCACAGCCUGGUCCACUAUGUUGGUUGCCAUAGUGAUUCUUUGCUCCCACUGACUCCGUAGCUGAUGACUUGGUUGCCAGCCUGGAUAGAGACAAAGGCAAGGACACACAAGUCUGUGUCUUAAAUGAGGAUGUGUGUUGGCCCACCUGCCUCCACAAUGAAUUUCCCUUGGCAGACAGGAACAGGUCCACUUAAACACUGCCAGACACUCUGGCCUUAGCGAGAGACUGCUCCGCUCUUCUCCUCUAUCCUCCUCCUCUCCAAAAACAGACAACAAGAUAAAGAGAGGGAGAACAUUGGAAAUUAUGGAAAGUAAAUGAACAGCUCUCCCCUGCUGAGGAUAUAAGUACAUUGACAUGUGGGAUCUUUUUGAGUGCCAAGACCUACUUAUUACCACGCUGUUCUCUGCAGCUAAUGUUUGAAGUUUUAAAGGGAGUGGGAAAGCUGAUUGGUUUUUGAAGCGGAUUGUAAAUAUGUCUGCUUACCUCCUGCUGUGGGUUUAUGGGACUUUAGGGCAAAAGGGCAAUUUUUACACUCUCCUAAAUCAGUUGAAUUUUCCCGCUUAAAUGACACAGUCAAGAUUAUUGACUUCAAUUCAAGUCUUGCACAUUUCUUUAAGUUGCCCAGUAUGACCACAUUGUCCAGUCUGUAAAAGAUAUCAAAAGAUGCACAUUUAAGUUUUAAAAAAUUAUUUUGAUUUUUUUUUUUUUAAGAGCCACACUGAAGAUUACUUAUGUGUAGAUGUGUAGGAAAACACUUUAAAAAGGUUAUCUGCACAUUAUAAGAAAACAAAUUGAUGGGUGGGAGCAAAACGCUUGACUUUUGUGUUUUAUUAAAAUAUUUUUCUAUUUAUUGUUUUUUACUACUUUGCAUAGCUUUGUAAGAUUUUCUUUUUGCUUUGAAAUUCUCUAAGAACUGUGGUCUUGUGUUGCCAGGCAACUGCACCAAGCAGAUUAUGUCAAUAGCCUGUGUGUUGGCAAUGUGGUAGAUGUAGAAAUGCUAGAUUUGUCCUGCGUGUUGCAGUCCGUAGCAUUUCAUACCAGAUUGUCAAGUUUGGUCAGUGUCAAAACACUGUAUAUCUAUACUUAUAAUGAAAAUUAAUGUGGCUUUACAUGUACAGUAGUUGAACAGACGAGUCACAAAAAUGAAUUCACUUAAUGCUUUUUGCUUGAGUUGAGUUUAUUUAGUGAAAUGUGAUGUAACACCUAGGUAGGAUGUUUGAUCAAAGACGGCUGAAACCGAACUGUUAAAACGUCUUCUAAUCAUGGAUUCUAGCUGAAGGCAUCAUCCUCAGCUCUCCUGAUGCAAGGCAGAAGGGUUGAAAAUCUGUGUCACCUUCCCUGGGAUGCAACAACCAGGAGAUGUAUGAAAUCCUUUACCCAACCUGGGCCUAACCCUUUCACUGCCAGACUGGACAUGAAAACUCUUGAAAAACUUGACAUUGUUGUCUCAAUCGAUCGUGUCAACAUGUAUAUUGCAUGACAAUAUUGCAGGAGGAAUCUUGAUGUUUUUUAAACUUUGAACUCUUUGAACAUUGUGUUUGUGUGACAGAGCAGUUUUUUUGGAGCCAGAAGUGACGUAUUUGGACGAGAGGGAGCUAAGUUAUCAGCUAACGCGGGAUCAUCCGUAAUUCGCAAUAACCUAUUAAUAGUGACGGUAAUUUUGGCUUGUGAAAAACAGACUUUAAACUAAAUUUACUUAAAAGCUGACUGCUUACAACCAAACACUGACCAAGAAAUUUUCAUUGCGCCCAAAAUGUUACAAUUAACUUACAUGAAGUGAAAACACAGUGAGGUUAAUCAAGGUAGCCACACACUAAAGCAUGCCCUGCUUUAUUGUCGAAUUGAUUCUACACAAUACCUCAUUUACAAAAUGAGCAUAAUGCUGGAUUGAAGAAGACUUGAAAUUGAUAGGAAACGUUUACUGAGGUAAUAUCUCAAGUGAGACGUAGGGUUAUUUUCUCAUAGACUUCAUCGAAUCAGACUUUUUUCUUCAUCCACAGGAGUCGCCUCCUGCUGGCCAUUUGAAAAAUCCCAGGUUUAAGGCACUCUCGCAUUGACUUCACUUUUCAGGAAGCUGGAGGCUACAUCCACUUUUUUUAAUACAAUUUAUGGAAAUAAUCUAUUUCAAGAAUGGGUGAUGUGGAGAUUGUAAUGGAUGUUAUUUCUUGUAUUGUCUUUUUAAUGCUUUGCUUUUAUGCAGCACUUCAUUAAAUAGAUGUAUGUCAAAGAAAGCCAAAAGUACGUAGCUGAUACUGACACAAAUCACCCAGUUCUGAGAUUACAACUUUCUUUACUGUUUUUCAAGGUAACUGGUCCAUUUCAAGUAGACUAUACUAUUCCACGUGGAGUAAGGCUGGUGCUAUUUUGUCAGGGAGUUGUGAAAUGCACGUGCAGCAAGUUCAAUAACAACAACAAUAACUAAAUUGAUCAGUGUCUACAAAGGAAAGACCCAUCGAUUAGCUGCCAGUUUACUCAUUAACCGUGUGUUUACAAGUGUAUUUCAUGGAGUACAAGGUGUCGGACUAAACUAGCACCCAAAAGAAAAAGACAAGUAGUACACACACGGACUAUUACAAAUGUUAAUGAAGCAAUAUUUUGACCAUCAAAGUCUUUGUCAGGCAAACAUCCAGAGAAAAACUAAAAAGGACUGGAAUUGCAAUUACAAGAACACAUUAUACACAAAAUAAUUUCCAAAAGCCAAACAAUGAUCCACUAUAUACAGAAACUCAUGUGGCAACUGUGUUAAAGCUGGCUAAUAGCCUUUGCAGGGUAUAUGUAUACAUUUUUGAUAGAUGUACAAUGAAGGAAAUAUGUACCAUAUUGUGAUUGUACAUGAGAAAAAUGAGUUAGUUUUUGUGAUCUUCUCAUUGGAUUAUAUAUCGCCUCUUUUUCACACACAUGGGUCAAACACCCAUGUGUGUGUGAAAAAUCUUGGUGAUCGAAAUUAUUCCUUCUUAAAUACCAAGAUUCAGUGUGUGGACUACCGUUCUUUCUCCAUCAUAAACAGUAUUUAGCCUACUGUUGCUAUUUGAUGUGAUGCUACUGCAAGUUAAAGUAUAUAUAUAUAUAGUAAUUGAAAACGCAGGAAAGCCAUGCUGUGCAUUUUCUGGCCAGAGUAUCAUAAGGAAUAAUUGAUGAAGCUGUUGAAAAGGUCUUGUGUGACUUGCAUUAGCAUUGACAGUAAAUGAUAAUAGGGAGCUGAUUUCAGUUUUUAAUAAGCAAACCAAACAAAUUAAAGAGUGUGUUUGUUGACUGAAUGAUUGCCUUUUAUAAAUCUUGAACAUUCCCAGAUAUGCAGGUUGUGUAAAUGGUUCACUGAACAGCUGCUUCAGCUUCAGUCUGUAAAUCACGUAAUCCUACACUUAAAUCAUGCAAAAUUAAUUUCAUCUUUCUAGACUUAAGUCAGGAAGUGCAGGGAGUGGUGUGUGAUGUCCCAGUGCCGCCACCAUCAUUGGCGCUGUACAGUCAAACUCUGAAUGGUGUUUUUUAUAGUAAUAAUAUCAAUACCAUCCAUAGCUGCCUCCCAAGAUUCCUCCGAAUGUUCCGACAGUGUUGUAGCUGCGUUUUGAGGGCUGCAUGUGUGCUGGCUCCAGAUUUAGGUGUAAGAUAGUUUGUGGUGAUGUUUCAGUUCAGCCAGUGAUGCUUUAAUUUCUGUGAUGUAUUUUUAUAUGACCAUGGUUUGUUUUUUUCUUCAUAUGUUAUUUUAUCAAAUUGUUGCCAUCGUGACCAUUAAAAAGGCACUUUGCUAUUGUCAGUUUAUUGCAAUAAAAUACAUUCAGCGCA